AUCCUGAUCCCUUUUUCUCUUCAUCUAACCCUUUUCCUUUCUCUCUAUUAACUUUCUCCAGCUCUCCUUCUUUGUGCUUUUGUCUUAUCUCUGAUUUUCCUCUCAACUUUUCUUUCUCUUUUCUUCUUUUAGUUUUUUUUGCAACUCUUUAUAAAUUUGCUUAAGCGAAUCUAAAACUACAGCCUGCAGUUCUCGCAAGAACUGCAAACGAUCCAGAUCUUUUUUAUUUUGAUUAAAAUAAGCUUAUAAAUUAAUCAAAAUAACUUCUCAAAUUAUUUUUAAACAUAUUCAUGUGACAUUUUAAAAGAUUUUUUUAGUAUACAGAGGAGGUUCACUGCUUCAAUAAAAUCAUACAAUUAACUUGAUAAUUUAGUUAAUAAAAUUUAAAAGUAUAUUAAAAUAUUUUUCUCUUGAUUUAAUGUAAAAAUAUCUCAACAUACGAACAAAGGAGCGACGAGUGACGAAUCAAACGAUAGGAAACGGCCACGUACGCCUCUCUCGAACCACAGCCACUCCCUCUAAAACCCACAUCAACACACAACACCUCUUCAAUUAUCGCCUUCUUCUGCACCAAUAAGCUUCUUCUUCUUCUCUCUCUCUCUCUCUCUCUCUCUCUCCUUCUCCCUCUUUCUCUUCCCUUCCAUUAUUCACUUCUUCCCACUCUCCUCUUUCUAAGAUGGCACUAUCAUCAGCAUGUGUUGUUGGGAAUGGUUUAACCAUAACACGGAGUAGUAAUAGAGUGAAUCUUAGCAAAGACUUCAAUGGAAGAUAUCUCGUCUCAUCUUGGAGAGUUUCAUCAUUGAAUAAGGCAUCAAAAGCAUUUUCAAUAAAGGCGUCUUUAGACCAAAGGCAGCAAGAAGGGAGAAGAGGGUUUCUGAAACUGUUGCUUGGAAAUGUGGGAUUUGGCUUGCCUGCAUUGUUGGGAAGUGGCAAGGCUUUUGCUGAUGAACAAGGGGUUUCAUCCUCCAGAAUGUCUUACUCCAGGUUUCUAGAGUAUUUGGACAAGGAUAGAGUUAAAAAAGUGGAUCUGUUUGACAACGGAACCAUUGCUGUUGUUGAGGCUGUUUCUCCUGAGUUGGGUAAUAGAGUGCAGCGGGUUAAAGUUCAACUUCCUGGACUUAGCCAAGAGCUCCUUCAGAAAUUCAGGGAAAAAAAUAUUGACUUUGCAGCUCAUGGUCCCCAAGAAGAUUCAGGUUCUCUAUUAACUAACCUGAUUGGGAAUCUGGCUUUACCUCUAGUCUUGAUUGGAGGAUUGUUUCUUCUUUCACGGCGAUCUGGAGGUAUGGGAGGUCCCGGUGGGCCUGGAUUUCCUCUUGCUUUUGGUCAAUCUAAAGCCAAGUUUCAAAUGGAACCAAAUACUGGAGUGACAUUUGAUGAUGUUGCUGGGGUGGAUGAGGCCAAGCAGGAUUUUAUGGAGGUGGUGGAGUUUCUAAAGAAGCCUGAAAGGUUCACUGCUGUUGGGGCCCGCAUACCAAAAGGAGUUCUUCUUGUUGGUCCUCCUGGAACUGGGAAGACCCUUUUGGCCAAGGCUAUUGCUGGUGAAGCUGGUGUUCCGUUUUUCUCAAUAUCAGGUUCUGAGUUUGUUGAGAUGUUUGUUGGUGUUGGUGCUUCUCGAGUCCGUGAUUUAUUCAAGAAGGCCAAAGAGAAUGCCCCUUGCAUUGUAUUUGUUGAUGAAAUUGAUGCUGUUGGAAGACAAAGAGGGACUGGAAUUGGUGGAGGGAAUGAUGAAAGAGAGCAGACCCUUAACCAACUUUUGACAGAAAUGGAUGGGUUUGAGGGUAAUACUGGCAUCAUUGUCAUUGCAGCAACAAACAGGGCUGACAUUCUUGACUCUGCCUUAUUGAGACCGGGGCGGUUUGAUAGACAGGUAACAGUUGACGUCCCAGAUAUAAGGGGAAGAACUGAAAUCCUAAAGGUUCAUGCUAGCAAUAAAAAGUUUGAUGCUGAUGUUUCUCUUGAUGUGAUUGCAAUGAGAACGCCUGGUUUUAGUGGGGCUGAUCUUGCAAACCUCUUGAAUGAAGCUGCUAUAUUAGCUGGUCGAAGAGGAAAGUCAGCAAUUUCAUCUAAAGAGAUUGAUGAUUCUAUUGAUAGGAUUGUGGCUGGAAUGGAAGGAACAGUGAUGACAGAUGGGAAGAGCAAGAGUUUAGUGGCAUAUCAUGAAGUUGGGCAUGCCAUUUGUGGAACUUUAACUCCUGGUCAUGAUGCUGUACAAAAGGUGACACUAAUUCCUCGGGGUCAAGCUCGGGGUCUUACAUGGUUUAUUCCUGCCGAUGAUCCAACUCUGAUCUCCAAACAACAACUCUUUGCAAGAAUUGUUGGAGGACUAGGUGGUAGGGCUGCAGAAGAAAUUAUUUUUGGCGAGCCUGAGGUUACAACCGGAGCAGCUGGUGAUUUGCAGCAAAUCACCGGUUUGGCAAAACAGAUGGUAACCACAUUUGGAAUGUCUGACAUUGGUCCCUGGUCACUUAUGGAACCAUCAGCUCAAAGUGGAGAUGUUAUCAUGAGAAUGAUGGCAAGGAACUCAAUGUCAGAAAAGCUUGCAGAAGACAUUGACGCUGCAAUCAAGAGGAUCUCAGAUGAAGCAUAUGAAGUUGCAUUAAGCCAUGUAAGGAACAACCGUGAGGCAAUUGAUAAGAUUGUGGAAGUCCUUCUGGAGAAGGAGACAUUGACCGGAGAUGAAUUCCGAGCUUUACUGUCCGAAUUUGUUGAAAUUCCAGCUGAAAAUCGGGUCCCUCCUUCAACUCCAUUACCAGCCACUGUUUGAAUAGCCUUCAUGUAAUAUCUUUUAUGUAUUGUGUUAGAAUACAGAAUGCCCUUUACAUCUUACUCCAAAUUUGUGAAUGAUUAAAGCUUCUAGCUUACCAUUUCAUUUUUGUAGUGUUGACGAUCACAACAGAAAGUAUAUAUGCCAAAGUGCAAAUGUUGUGUAAAAUUCUUGUCUUUACGUCUAUAAUACAGUGUAAGUAUUGUGAACAGUUUAACUAACCAUUAAUUCUUAGUGUAAAUUUGUAACUGGUGAGAUGCAAUGUUUACUUAGUUUGAGUGUAAAUUCAUUAUAUUUGUGAGUUCUGUCCUGUUUGGCAUGACUGCAAAGGAUGUACUCCCAAUUUGAUCUGAUAUCUGUUUGUUGAGAAAUGAGAUGGAGGUAACUGGUUAGGAUUAGCUUGGGAUCCAGGUGGUAUUGCCAGUGUUUUGAAGGAGCAGGAAUGCACUUGAUAGUUGACGGUGAAAGUAGAUUUUGACCCUAGAGAAUGUUGAGAGUUAAAUUUUCGAGAGAAAGAAAGGAAGGAUAAAUAUUUUUAGAAUUUAAAAUGUUAUGCAACGUAUAAAUAAGUAAAUAAAAUUAAAUUUAU